CGGCCGCUGUCCGUCUCCACCCACACACCUGGAUCCGUCACAUUCCCACGGCAGGCCUGGAAACACAAGUGCGACAAUCAGCCAGCAAAGGCUUAGCAGGUAAACAGAAAUCAUUGCCUCUUUCGAAGUGGAAAAACCUGACAAUCUCCCUGAAUAGUGCAAUGUUCUGCAGGAGAUUCUUCCAACUAUUCCCAAGUCUCCAGCUCCCAACUCCUUGGCAAACAGACUGCAGACCAUGGAGUCUAUGCAGAGCAGGGAGAUUGCCUUCUAGCACUAAGGGACUAAUGGACCAAGGCUGUGGAUGCAACCUAAAGCAUCUCCAGGAAGCUGGAAUGCCUGUAGAUCAGCACCAGCAUGGAGAAUUCCUGGCUCCAGGUGAACUCAGGGCAUGAACAGAUGCACUGCAGACACCCACCAGUCUGAAGAGCAAGGUAUCUUCCUUCCUCCAGCUGUCAAAUCCGUACCUAUCUCGGUGCUGAAGCAGAGUGGGCUUCUGCAGGCUCUGGCAGAGGGACCCAAUGGGUGCACAGAAGCUGAUCCUAGCGCGGAGGUGCUGCAAGCCCAGGAAGAAUGGGAGGCCGUGGAAAGUCUCCAGUCAGGGCUCGUGGAGACGUCUGCAGGUCAUGUGCCCCUGAUUGCCUUCAAUGAAGCGUUGCAGUAUUUCCAGACAGCUGACCUGUCAGAGUGCAGGAAAAAAAUCCAGCCAACAGUGCAAAGGCGAGGACUGUCUGCCAUGGCUCACUUCUUCUUUGGCCCCCUGCGGCUCCAUCAGCAGCUGCAAGGCGAACGGGAUCUGGCCCUGGCGAUAGCCCAGUGUGGCUUGGAUAAUAAUGAGAAAGUGCACAUGAGGAUCCUGCAGACCAUCUACAGGAAACUAACAGGCUCCAGAUUCGAUUGUCCCCGCUACGGCGCCCACUGGGAAGAGCUGGGCUUUCAAGGUAUGGAUCCUGGGACAGACCUGCGUGGGACUGGAUUGCUCGGGUUAAUGCAAAUUCUAUAUUUUGUAAUGGACUCUCGGACAUUACCCCUAGCUCGAGACGUUUUCAAGCUGUCCCAUCAUGAAUCACAGAAUUUCCCUUUCUGUGUCAUGUCUAUAAAUAUCACUCGCAUCGUGAUCCAGGCCCUGAGGGAAGAACAUCUUUCUCGAGAAUGUAACCGCAGACAGCAGGUCAUUGCAGUGCUAAAUGAUUUGUAUGUGGCCACCUCCCUGCGUCUCUACGUCAUCUGGAAAACGCAACAGAAAACAAUUUCUGACUCUGGCUUCGUUCUGAAAGAACUAGAGGCAUUUGCCAAAAAGAAACCGAAGCAGCUUCUGAGAUAUUUGGAGAUCUACAUGAGUGGAAGAGCUGUGUCAGUAAUAGAUGGUGGUUUUCAACACCCUUCUUCCUCCUCCGGUGUAUACCUCAGCUCUGCCGUCAGCAACAGCAGCAAAGAGAUAAACUUCACGGGAGUGUGCGACCCACAGGUUGAGAUGGAAGGAGAGGCCCGGCUGAUCUGAAACCAAGGCAACACCACUGGCUGGGAAGAUUCUUGUAAGACACUGACAGAGGCUCCCAUUGGCAGAGCUCAUUAGUGGCUGCUAGUCCCUUGCCAGUCUGUUCACAGUCACUUGUGAAGGGUUGGGAGGUCUGAGAUGGUUCUAGAGUAAGUGCAGCCUCAGAGCCUCUAGGCCAGAUGUAGUGGGACAUGCUGGGGGAAGUUGGUGGAGUUGGCAAUGGAGACCUAGACACCCUGCUUCAUUGUACAUGCUGUAAUGGUGGUAGCAAACGGUCCCCAUCCGUAGCAGGCUUUUAUCCUGAAUCCACUGAAGUGUGGAUUGACUGGGAGGCCCUUGUACAUACUGAGAAUAAAAAGCUGCUUCAGUUCUCAA